AUGGAUAUUUCUGGUUUUAAUUUUUUAUUCCUUCUUUUUUCUUUAUUCACUCUUAACUUAGUCUUUCGCUCAAUAAUUACAAUGCAAUUCUCCACUGUCGCCUUAUUCGCCGCCGUUGCCGUCGCUGCUACCGUCACCGAAACUGACGCUUCUUCUACUUUGGUCACUGUUACUGACUGUGCUUCCACUGUCACUGACUGUCCAGCCCACAAAUCUUCUGAAGCUCCAGUUGCUUCUACUUCAUCUGCUGGUAACUACACUGCUCCAGCUAAUGUUUCUUCUGCUUACGAAGCUGGUGCCGCUAAACAAUUUGCUGUUGGUGGUGUUGCUUUAGCUGCUGGUGCUUUAUUAGCUUUAUAA